GGGAUAGGGAUGUGACUGAACACAGUGAAUUGUAGCUGAUUCAGCUAGCUAAUGUGAGAGAACACAGUGAAAUCAAAUCCACAGAAUCUCCUCCACCAGACUAGUUAACAUAACCUAAUCACUAAAGUUCUGCAUUUUGGUGGUAGAAGGAAAUUCAUCAACUCAAGAAUGAAGAAAUACAGUACCAACAGACAGUAUAUUGGGUCCAAGAGAGAAAUGUGGUGGAAACUUUUCGUGCCUUGGAUAGUGUUUUGGUUCCUAGUAUCUGUGUGUAUCUUCUACUACAUGUUCUGUCAAGACACUGAGAAGAGGAAAGACACUCUGGUAAGCAUGUGUGAUGAAAUGGCUAGGAUGCUGCAGGACCAGUUUACUGUGAGUAUGAACCAUAUCCAAGCCAUGUCCAUUCUGAUCUCAACCUUACAUCACGCUAGGAAUCCCUCUGCCAUUGAUCAGACAACUUUUGCGAGGUAUGCAGAUAGAACAGCUUUUGAGAGGCCUCUUACAAGUGGUGUUGCAUAUGCUGUAAGGGUGCUCCAAUCUGAAAGGGAACAAUUUGAAAAGCAACAAGGCUGGACUAUUAAGAGGAUGGACACUGUGGAGCAGAACCCAGUUCAUAAGGAUGAUUAUGCCCCAGAAAAAUUGGAGCCAUCCCCUAUUCAGGAAGAAUAUGCUCCUGUCAUAUUUGCACAAGAUACGGUUUCACAUGUCAUUUCUGUUGACGUUCUUUCUCGUAAGGAAGACCGUGGAAAUGUGUGUGCAAGAGAAUCAGGGAAAGCGGUUCUAACUGCGCCCUUCAGGCUGCUCAAAACAAAUCGUCUAGGGUUUAUCCUGACAUUUGCUGUCUACAAGAGAGAUCUUCCAUCAAAUGCUACCCCUAAUGAAAGGAUUCAAGCAACUCAUGGGUAUCUUGGCGGGGUCUUUCAUGUUGAUUCAUUAGUGGAUAAAUUACUUCAGCAACUUGCUAGCAAGCAAACUGUAAAUGUUGAUGUCUAUGAUACUACAAAUCAUACUCAUCCGAUCGUCAUGUACGGCUCAAAUGUAUCCGGGGAUGUGUUCUAUCAUGUCAGGACUCUUAACUUUGGAGACCCCUUCAGAAAGCAUGAGAUGCGCUGCAGGUUCAAACAGAUACCGCCAUUCCCAUGGUUGGCAAUAACUACUUCAAUUGGCUUUUUUGUCAUUGCACUCCUUCUUGCACAAAUUUCCUAUGCUUCUGUGCUUCAUAUUGCAAAAGUAGAAGAAGAUUACCGUGAGAUGAUGGAGCUGAAAGAACGAGCUGAGGCAGCUGAUGUUGCAAAAUCCCAGCUUUCUUGCUACUUGUCUCCCGUGAGAUCAGAACACCAAUGAAUGGUGUUUUAGGGCACAACUCCUAAGAAGAAACUGCUACACUGCUAUUCACUAUUCUGGGCCGCAGCCCAAUCAAGGUUUUGGGAAAGAAGAAUCAAACACUCUAAAUUUGGAAUAUGCAACCCAUAAGAAAAAUCUUAAGCAAACAAUAUAUCCAAUCAUGUAUCCUUCUUUUAUUCCUAUCUUUAUCUACAUGUGAAUGAAAUUAAGGUGUGUGUUUUUUUUUUCAAAGAAUGGAAUUAAAGUGUGAACUAAACUAUCACCAACAAAAAGUGUGAACUAAACUUUUUUCCUUUGUGAAUUAUGACUUUUGUUGUAUAUUUUGGGCUAA